AAGAAACUCAAGAUGUUUCUGCCUUGAUUCCCUCUAGUAUAAGAGGGGGCCGAGGGAAACUCUGGCAAGCUUUCAAGAUUAUGUCAUGAUACUUGAUCACAGAAGAGGCCCAGAAGUCUUUGCGCUGUCUUUUCCCUGACCUGGCCUUCCUCCAAGGGCUGGUGGGAGGUUGGGAAGAUGGAGUAGUGCUGCUCCCGUGAGCCUUGGCUGGAAGGGCUGAGAGGACACUCCUUCUGGAAAGACUUGCAGCACCCCAUCUCACCCCUGCCUUUCUUCUCUCCUCCCCAGGGAGAUGGCGCAGCUCACACAGUGGCUUUGGAGACAGGAAUACUGGCUACCUCCAGGGAUCACCUGGGCGGACAUGCAGGAGACGGAGGACGUCCGCUAUCCCCAACCCCAACACCUCCUGCUCGGCCUCCCCAUCACUCUCCUGCUGCUCGUCCUCCGGUUCUUCUUCAAAAGGAACAUCAGUGUGCCCUUGAGCAAAAAACUGGGUCUGCGAGAAAAGCUGAGGCAGAAACCUUCUCCAAACCCCAUCCUGGAAGCUUUUUACACAAAGCGGAGGAGAAGCCCCCAAAAGGAGGAAGUCACCAGCUUAGCCCAGCAGUGCGACCUCCAGCCAAGGCAGGUAGAGAGGUGGCUUCGAUCCCGCCGGAAUCAGGACCGACCCAGCCUGACCAAGAAGUUCUGUGAAGCCAGCUGGAGAGCCACCUACUGCAUUACUUCCUUCUGCAUGGGGUUGGCCAUCCUUCACGAUAAACCCUGGUUCUGGGAUGACCGGGAAUGUUGGGUUGGGUACCCACAGCAGCCUCUCCAGCCCAGCAUUUCUGGCUACUACCUCACGCAGUUCUCCUUCUGCUGCUCCUUGGUCAUCUUGCUGCCUUUUGACGUCAAACGGAUGGACUUUCAUGAGCAAAUGGUCCACCACGUGGCCACCCUCUUGCUCAUCAGCUUUUCGUACUGUGUCAAUUACAUCCGUAUGGGUUCUCGUAUCAUGAUCCUACAUGACAUUUCGGAUUGUUUCCUGGAGGCCGCAAAGAUGUUUCACUAUCUGAAGUGGCAGAAGACUUGUGACGCACUCUUUGUCACUUUUUCAGCAGUAUUCCUGUUCACUCGCCUGGUGAUUUUUCCUUACAAGAUUCUCUACAACACUUACUACUAUUCCAUGGAGCUCUGCCAGCCUUUUUUCGGCUACUACUUCUUCAACACCCUUCUGAUGGUCCUGCAGCUCCUCCACGUCUUCUGGUCCUGCCUGAUCAUUCGCAUGGUUUAUAGGUUCCUGAUCCAUGGCACGGCGGAAAAGGAUGUGCGGAGCGACUCAGAGGGCAGUGAGGACGACGAGGACGAGGCGGACCGGAAGGCAGAGUAGAAAAGCAGCACCCUCAAUCCCCAGCCCCACCACCACCUGCCCUGCAUCACCGAGUGCCCUUGCAGCUGAACAGCCCCUCCGGUGGUCACACAAAGCCAGAUAGCCCCAGCCUGCUGAGCCCCUGAUCACAGCUGCCCCCCACUUCCCUCCACUUGGCUGAGUUUCUCCUAGGCUGGGCAGGGCAUAGCUCGAGUCCCCCCUCCCUGGCCAAAGUGGUGCACCUGGUUCAGUCACUCCUGCCUGAUCUCCAGGUGGCCCUGAGAGCAGCAGCUAGAAGCGGCAAAGCCUCUCCAGAUGGGCAGCCUCACUGGAGCCGUCCUCUCGGGUGGCUCGAAAGCUGGUGAGGCACCGUAGAGCCUGGCUCAGAAACCUUAUGGGUGGGGAGAGCGAGAAAGACAUGGGUGGCCCAGCCCCAGGAGGGACAAUGAUCACCUGAGGGAUGGUGGAGUUUCCCGAGGGCCAGGGCCACAUGUUGGGCAGGGGAGCAAAGGCAGCGAGAAGGUGCGCCUGGGGUGUUGGCAGCUCAGAUCAUAGGAGAAGGCCCAAGGCCCCUUGCCUUUUGGGGGGAUGUGGGCAGCAAGAGAAGGCAGCAAGGGAAGGUGGUGGCAGUUUGGGGCAUCUCUGAGAAGGGCUGCCUGGAGGCGGCAUCUGUGGCUGUGUGCUUCCUCACCUGGAGGCGGCAUCUGAACUUGGUUCUACCCUGUGGGAUCAUGCAACCUCCUCCUCAGGGAAGGGGAGACAGACCCCAUGAGUCAAGAUGGUUUUUAUUUAUUUUUAUUUUAUUUAUUGAGGCCUGAGAUGUAGCAAUCAUGUCUUCCUCCUACAGCAGGAGCUGAAAAUAAACUUUUUUUGGACAAGUUUCCAAACGAAAGGGCUUCCCUUGCUCUGUUUCUUAACUGCAUUCUGCACUACUUUCCCCAAAGUGCCAAACAAACCUGAAUGUUUUACUGCUCUGCCCUGCCAUCCCCAUUGCACCCUAUGAUGGUGGGAAAGGAAGUCUUCCCAAUCAAAGCGAGUGUUUGUAGCUGUCACGAGUGCACUGCCAUGGGGCAAAUGCAUGGCAGCGCACACAUGACAAUAGAUAGCCUCAAGUAAGGAGAGGAAAAGGAGAAGUAGUUAGAAAACAAAAGAAAGCAAUAGCCUGGAAAUAUCCUACCUGAGAAGAGCCGGCACUCGACCAUCAACGCCAUGGUCCCGACAACAAGCAGGGCAGGAACAGGUAGGGUGUGGUUGAGACAUGCGCAGUCAUGGCUCGAUCACAACCAAAUAAGGAAAUCCGGCGAAGGGGCGGAGCAAGGGUGGGGGGAGGAACUCUGGCGGGAACGAGGGGAUAUAUUU